UUUCAUGUUUGAGAAAUUAAAUGGUUUGAAUCGCGUGAAAAUUUCCAACAGAUGAACUGAGUUCGGUUCGGUUCUUCAUCAGAAGCAUUGCAAGGGAGGAAUUCGAGAGAGAGUGACAAAAACUUGCAGGGAAGUGACUUUGUAAAACUAUAAUCCCUUCUAGGCCGUUUCUUUUCGGUGAAAAAUUCCUGUGUUCGAACUUGACGGCAAGCGAAAUGGAGGACGAAUCUGCGCGAGCAAUCCGGCUUAUGAGUUUCGUCUCUGAGGAACAGCUGGACGAAGCCAAGAAAACAAGGGGCGAACGAGUUGAGGAUGGCACUGCUCAAAGAGACAGACCCCUCUACGAGAUCUUAAAGGAAAAUAAAGACAAGCGUGAUGCUGAAUUUAAUGAACGGUUCAAGCACAGACCACCAAAGGCUCUGGACGAGGAUGAGACAGAAUUUCUGGAUAAAUAUGAAACAUCAAAGAGAGAAUAUGAAAGGCAAAUGGCUGAUGCAGAUGAACAAGAGCUUCGCAGUUUUCAAGCAGCAGUAGCAGCACAAUCUAUUUUGUUGAGUGAAGUGAGGGAAAUAACCCCCCCUGCUCCAGCAGCUCAGGAAAAGGCACCAGUUAGGAAAGAAACUCCGGUGACUCGACCCCCGAGUAUGAUUAUUAGAGUAAAGCCACAGGCAAAGAAAGCGAGGAUCGAACCGAGAAGCCCAGAAAAAGCUGGUAGCAGAGCUGAAAUCCCUAAUGCCAAAGCAGAGGAGGAUUCAGAAUCGGUAAGAACACAUGAUACCAGUAGUGAUAGGCCGCUUGAAGCUGCUACAACAAUAGGACUAGUUUCAUAUAGUGAUGAAAGUGAAGAUGAAGAUUAGCAAAUUGAGUUGGCUGUUAGAAUUUCCCCCCAACAAUCACCAAUAUUGUAUUAAAUUGGUUUGAGUUUCUGAAAUGA